UCGGGAAAAAGUGUUUGUGUGGCAGUCAAGAUGAUCCGGAGAGGAGGGGGCAGAGCGCCUCCCGUUAUUCUGAUAGGCCUGCUGGUUAUGUUGGUUAUUCUUGGCUUCAACUACUGGCUACUCUCUUCACAAAAUGCAGAUUUACAACAGGAACUGGAGAAACUGCAGGCCGAGGUCAAAAUCAGUGCAGUGAAACAAGAUCAAUCAGAGAAGAAGAAUGCAGCAUUGCAGGAGACUGUACAUGAGAUGGAUGAAAUUGCAGACAAAUUGAAGAAGAGAGUACAGGAGGAGGAGGAUGCCAUCAAGAAUAGAGACCAGGAUGGACAGAAGAAAGACUAUGAAAUUACCUCACUCAAGAACAAAAUUGUUGUUCUCCAAGAGCAGAUUAACACAGUGAAGCAGCAAGUAGAGGAGCAGGAGGUGGAGUUGGCCAAAGCAAAAGAGACCAACACUCGCCUUGUAACAGAGCGAGAUGCAGCGGUGGAGGCUGUGGGGGAGAAGGACACACAGAUCAACUCACUCAAGAUACAGCUGGAGCAGGAGAAAACGGUGAAGGGCACACUGCAGUACUCCAUUAGUGACCUGAAGAAGAAGGUGACGCAGACUUUUGGUGACCUAUCUGAGUGCCAAGACAAAGUGGCAGAGCUUGAAGGGAAGAAUAAGGGACACGAGGAACAGAACAAAAAGGCACAGGAAGAGUUGGCAGUCCACCAGAGGGAGCAGGCUGCUGCAGCUGUGCCUGAAGCUGUUCCUGGAGUCAUGAAUAUUCCUGGCAUAGAUAAAAAAGAGGCAUACUUUGGUCCAGGUCAGCUGGGAUAUGUUCCCCGGGCAGCUGUGAGGACACUGGACAAGGGCUUGCAGGGCAUCACCUUCCACAGGGGUCUCCCUAUUCUACCUAGGGAUCCCCCUGGUGCCCCACGUCCCAAGCCCAGAUUCAGUGUGGGUGCAGAGGGUCAAAAUGUUCCUGCAGGAGGCCAGGGAGUGGUUCCCCAGCCACCUGCUGCCGAGGUGAAAGCACCACCUGCACCAGAGCUACAAAAACCCCAGAUUCAGCCCGCAGUGGGCCAGUACCUCCAUCCCAUCGCUGGCCACCAGCAUUACCAGGCCCUUGCCAAACCCCGCUAUGUCCUGCCCCAGGAGAUGAGGUUCCUGCCCCACCCACGCCUGGACCCCAUUGCAGGUCCAGGUGUGGUAGAGCGGCCAGCAGCUCCCGUGGAUGCCAACAUUCAGCCCCUCGCUCCACAUGGCAAUGUGGUACACCUAGACCCUCACAAUGAAGUGCUUGACCCACCACCAGCCCAGGGUCAGGAGCAGAAGGUGGAUGAUUUGUCCCGCAGCAAGAGAGGUGAUAAUUUAGAAGGCAGAAAGAACACUGGAAAUGUAUUUGAGCCACAUAGAUCAGCUGCAGUGAUAGCAAAGCCAGCCUCACUGCAAGGUAAAGCUGCAUUGCCAGGACAAGAUGAAAUGGCAGUGGGCUUGCACCAUGGCCAGGCAGAAGCAGAGGACAAGAAUGAUGCCCAAGAGCAAUUGGAUGAACCACUGCAGCUCCAACAAAGCCAUGGUGAAGUGGAGGGUGAGGACCACAACAAUGCCCUAGAGCAGGAGGAGGAUGAGGACAACCUUGAUGCAGCGGUUGAUGAUGAGAAUGCAGCAGCAGUAGUGAACGACUUGACAUAUGACCAAGAUGAAGAAGGGAAUGACGUGCGGCAGCGACAGCGACGGCAGGACAGAGAUGACGGGGGUGGAAGAGAAGGUGAAGGUGGAGGAAUAGGAGGAAUACGGGCAAGAGAAGAUGAUGUGGAAGAGGAAGAAGAAGAGGAAGAGGAGGAGGAGGAGGGUGCUUUAAUGCUUCCCAGGGUUUACCAGCAGGAGAAUCUUGUUGGGCUCCACCACCGUCGUCUAGGAGAUGCUUUGCCAGUUGGGUUUGUGAAGCUAGAGGACUUGCCCCCUAACCCUCAUGAACAUCGGCAAAUUAGGCUUGGCUGAUUACCUAUCUUUUGUUGUUCUUCCUGCCUCUUUCUAUCUCUCUUCCUCAUUAUUUUCUCUCACUUUGUCAUCUAUGUUAGUCAAAAGAAAAUAUUUAUCAUCCUUAAUUUGAUUUUUCUUACUUUUGUGCUUGUUUUUUUCUCCAUCUUCUUUGUUCUCCAUUUAGUUUUGGUAUCCUUAUUUUGUCAAAAGACUUCACCUUCUGCCUCCAUGUGUGAAUAUACAUUUCACUCAUCUUUAUUUUGACUUGACUGUUGUUGUUAUUAUUAUUAUUAUUAUUUUUUGUACAGAGUAUAUUUAUAUGUAGAAAAUGCUCUCUCCUUAAAACUCCUCCUGCCCAUCACUGUGUGGCUGCCUCAGAUUUAUACUAUAGACUGUGAAAUUUUGAUAAUGUGUGCCUGUUGUGUGUGUGUUGUAGUAAUCAUUAUUGAAUGAUUACAAGUAUGUAUAUGUGUGCUGGUGUGCAUGCACAGCUGCAAACCUUUUAUUAUUACGAGUGGUGUGGUAUUGUAUGUGUUUGUGAGUGUACAUGUUAUGGUGUGUUUUAUAUUUUUGAAUAUAUUGUUGGUGGUGAGUUUGUAUUGUGCCGUGUUGUGUUGCUCAAAAUUAUGGUGCCAUAAUAACAUUGCUUGCCUUUGUGUUUGUAACGUUUGGUGACCAUAAUUGUAACAACAGCAACAGUGGUAAAUAUAUAUUUUUAAAAAAUUCAACAAUUAUCAUACUACAAGUCAAACAUAAUAUUUAUGCAGUUGAAAUUAUUCCAGGGCUCAAUUUAAUAAUAGCAGAAUUAAUUCAUGAAGCACAACAUUUUGGUUUGAUAACUAUGCUUGGUGAUGUCUUCUUGAUUACAGUGACUCAAGAAGUUAUAGGAAACUAAAUCUACAGAUGAAAGCCCUCUCUGAUCCUAUACUUGGCAAUGGAAUUCCCAACUUGGGCUUACAUGAGUGAGAUUGCAUUGCUCAGAUUGUUAAGUAGAAAUAGUAGUCUCUUAGAUGAACAAGGUGUAAUAGAUAAAUGGUUUGGUAACAGUAUCAGUGCAUAUAUUGAGAGCCAGUUGUCAGUGUAGGAUUCUUUUUUCUUUAUUUAUAUAUUUUUUCACACAGAGUACAUCACUUAAAUGUCCAAGGUUUCUUUAAGAAAAAAUGCUGAUAGAAUCUUAUGAAUCAUUUCAUCUUUGGGUAAUGGAUAUUAACCAUUUUUAAGAGAAAGCAGGAAGAAGAUAGCUUAUGUAACAAGAGUAAGUAAGGAAUAUUGAAUUGUAGUCAUUUCAUGUGUGCCUAUAUAUUUUGGACUACAUGGCUUGAUCGGAUUUCAAACUUCUAUAUUGCUUUUAUGUAUGGUGUGUAUGUGUAAUUCACCACGGUCGUCUGCUGGUCACCCAGCCAGUCUUCCCCAUUACGGAGCGAGCUCAGAGCUCGUAGACUGACCUUUGUGUAGGACUGAGACCACAAUACACUCCACACACCGGGAAAGCGAGGCCACAACCCCUCGAGUUAAAUCCCGUACUUAUUUACUGCUAGGUGAACAGGGGCUACACUUUAAGAGGCUUGCCCAUUUGCCUCACCGCCUCCUGGGAUUUGAAUAUGGGACCUCUUGAUUGUGCUAACCACUACACUAUGCGGUGUGUGUGUGUGUGUGUGUGUGUGUGUGUGUGUGUGUGUGUGUGUGUGUGUGUGUGUGUGAGUUUAUUUUUGUAAAAGUGCAUAUGUGCACAUAUGGAGAUGUGAAUCUUCAUGUUGUGUUGAGAUUAUGCAAACAAAAAAAGAUACUGCCCUGGAAAGUUAUGUGCAGAGCUGAUGUAUGAAUUUACAGAUAGCAAAAGUUUCUCAGAUAUGCAGUCUUGUCUGUGAGGGGAGGAUGUUAUCUGUUAGAAAUGGGGAAAAAAUUAAGUAAAUGUAGUGAAAGAUUUUAAUUUGGUUAAAAAAAAGAUUUUUUGAAAUAGUAUGCAUAUAUAAGGCAUCCAAAUCCAGAGUGACAUAAUCAACCUUGUGGCUAAAAUUAUUGUUCAUAUUGUAUUGUCCUCCAAAACCUUCCUACCAUAAUGGGAGAGCAUAUGGUGAGAAUGGACACAGUAUUGGAGACAAAAAUCCAUCCAAGUGAAAUUAAUCAAGGAACCUUCUUGUCAUGCUUGAAUGAUGGCUAUCACUUGCUGGAGCCAGAGAGAAGCAACUUCCUUGUCACAGCAACAUGGGAAGAGCCAGCUAGUGAUGGCUUGUGGUGCAAGUCAUGAGUCUUGUAUCAUGCUGGGAUGCCUCCCCACCAUCACACACACAAUUCCCAAUCUCCCUCCCUCUAGCUUGAUUACUGUCUUUAAGUGACAAUCAGCUGUCUUAAUUUU